AUGCAGAUAACAUCCCCGACCCCCGGCUGGAGCCAGUGUCCCCAGACCAACCCUGGCCAGUCGCUGUGUCCCGCCGUCCUCCCAAACGGACCCUUGGCCAGGGCCGCCGUGUCCCGGCUCUGCCCGCACCCCCUGGAUGAGGACUCGCGGCAUGGACACCGGCCCAGCUCAGGGUCGCUGAGGGGCCCCGCCAGCCAGGCCUGGAGAUGGGGGUGCCUGCUAUUGGCCCCGGGAGGUGGCUGGGUUCUAGGACCUGCGACUCGCCCAGGAUCAGGGAAGAGAGAGGGGGUGGGGCAGCCUCCACGUGCACGCAGGGUUUGGGGAGCCCCCGACUGUCUCGCGCUGCCGCUCUUGGUGACCUUUCUACUGCUUUCUCUGGGCCUCCCAGUCCUCGGUGCCCCCCCACGGCUCAUCUGUGACAGCCGAGUUUUGGAGAGGUACAUCCUGGAGGCCAAAGAGGCAGAGAAUAUCACGAUGGGCUGUGCAGAAGGUCCCAGAUUCAAUGAGAAUUUCACAGUCCCAGACACCAAAGUCAACUUCUAUGCCUGGAAGACGAUGGGGGUAGAAGAACAGGCUGUAGAGGUCUGGCAAGGCCUGUCUCUGCUCUUUGAAGCCAUCCUGCGGGCCCAGGCUGUGCUAGCCAAUUCCUCCCAGCCAUCAGAGAUGUUACAACUACAUGUAGACAAAGCCAUCAGUGGCCUUCGAAGCCUCACCUCCUUGCUACGGGCGCUGGGAGCACAGAAGGAAGCCAUAUCGCCUCCAGACACCACCCAAGUGAUUCCACUCCGAAGAUUCACAGUGGAUACUUUCUGUAAACUCUUCCGAAUCUACUCCAAUUUCCUCCGGGGAAAGCUGAAAUUAUACACAGGGGAGGCCUGCAGGAGAGGGGACAGGUGACCUGGGACUGGUCCACUUGGGUGCGUGCAUCCACCAACUCACUCACUGUCACUGCCUGUGUCACGCCAAUCUUCCAUCACUCCCAAUCCCCAUCGAGGGGGCUGCUAGCUCCUCAUCAGCCUGCUCUGUGGACACUCCAGUGAUGUCUCCGGGGAAGCCAGAGGAAUUUUCCAGCGCUCCAUUCUGAAAUCUACAGAUGUCACAGGGCCUGAGGCCACCAGAGCAGAAGAGAUUCACACAACCAGCUAAACAGCUUGGGUUGGUUUUUUGUUUGUUUUUAGAGACAGGGUUUCAUGUAGCCCAGUCUGACCUCAAAUUCACUAUGUAGCUGAGGAUGACUUUGAGCUCCUGAUAUUUCUACUUCCAUUUUCUGCGUGGUGGGAUUGCGGAUGUGCUUUACAUACCCAGUUUAUGGGUAUGCUGGGAAUGGAACCCAGUGCUUUGUGUCUGCUAGGCGAGCACUCUACCAACUGAACUAUGUCCUUGGCUCCUGGAGACCAGCUUAUAACUCAGGGACAAAGACAGCUAAACUCACUUGGUGCCUUGCAGAACUGUGACCCUCCCCCAGGACAAGCUUGGAGCCAGUCUUUGUGGCACCUAGGAAGGGUAAAGGGACUAAUGGACCAGAGAACUUAGGUGUUCAGGCAUGAAGACUCCCGGUUUCAUGGGGACUCCCCUGACAACAUGAGCACCCCUGGACAAAUGCUGAGGCUGGAGCCAUGAAGAUAAAAUGACACCUGACUCCAGGCUUUCGUGGGGAGGGGAAGGGGUUCUAAGUUUUGUGUAUUUUUAAAACACCACUGGCAAAAGCUAA